AGACGUUGAUUAUUAUAAUAAAUAGUUUGCAGUAUAUAAUUUUUUUUUACGAAGAUGUAUCUUUUACUAUAUGUUACUCUUAUAAGUAUUAUUAAUGCACUUCCUUCACAUAGUUAUCCACCAUUUUUGGUUGAUAUCGUGGGUGGCAGUAUAACGAGAAUCGAAGACUAUCCAUUUCAAGUAGCUGUAAUACUCGAAGACAGGCUUUGGUGCGGUGGUACCAUAAUCUCAAAUGAACACGUUCUUACUGCCGCUCACUGCGUCUUUUUUGCUACAUCAACACUUUAUGUCCGCGCUGGUAGCUCUUAUUGGAGUAAAGAUGGAAGUCUUCAUCGUGUAAUAUACAACACUACUUAUGGUCCACGUCCGAAUGAGGACUUGUCAGUAAUAAAAGUAUCGCCUCCCUUUCAUUUUGACGAAACAAGGCAACCAAUACCAUUAUUUUACCGCGAUGAAGUCAUAUCCCCAGGUACGAUGGGGACGGUCAUCGGUUGGGGUAUGACGUCCGAAACUUUUAUAUCGGAUCAUCUUCGAGUCGUUGAUUUGCCUUAUGUUGACAAAAAGACUUGCAAAGAACUAUACUCAGGUACUAUAAUUGGUAGAAUCAUGGACGGUGAGAUAUGCGCGGGCUACAUCGAGGGAAAAAAUAAGGAUGCUUGCCAAGGUGACUCUGGUGGUCCCUUCAUAAUUGAUGGACGACAAGCUGGUAUCAUAGCUAUGGGAAGAGGUUGCGGGCAACCAAAUUCUCCUGGAAUUUUCACAGAUAUUGCCUAUUAUAACGAAUGGAUUAUGGAACAGAUAUCACUAUUCUAUACGUUUUCGGAUAACCCAUCGGUGAAUCCAAAUAUUAUCGGAGGCGUGAGAGUCCCGAUUCAGCAUUUUCCUUACACAGUGAGCAUUUUGGAUCAGAAGGGACUCUGGUGCAGUGGAAGUAUAAUUACAGUAUUCCAUGUUCUGACCGGAAGCUACUGCGUUUAUUUUGCGAAAACGUCGUCUCUCAUAGUCCACGCAGGUACUUCCUAUUGGAGGAGAGGAGGGAGUUAUCACCAUGUCAUACAUAAUUCGACCAUAAAUCCAAAUAUCGAUAUCGCUAUCUUGAUUGUCAAGGAACCUUUCGAGUUCGACGAAACGCGUCGACCUAUCGGAAUGUUCUCAAAAUAUGAUAUGAUUAAUCGUGGGAUGCUGGGAAUCCUCACCAGUUGGAGUAAUACAAGAAUUAAUCUGAAAUCAGAAAAUUCAGACCAAUUAAGAGCAGUAAGCGUGCCAAUCGUUGAGUACAGUGUUUGUAACGAUAUAUACACUAAACUUGGAGGCCAACCAAUUAGAAGUGAUCAGCUAUGCGCGGGUACUCCAGAUAAGGGUACUGACCCCUGUCAGGGUGAUUCUGGUGCUCCACUGGUUAUUAACAAUCGUCUAGUUGGUAUCGUUUCGACGAGCUACGGGUGUGGACAAGAAGAUGCUCCGGGAGUUUACACUAUUGUCAGCUACUAUAGCAAAUGGAUCUAUGAACAAAUUUCAACUUAGGAA